AACACAACAAAAUCACCAUUGCAUCCAGAACAUGUGUGGCAUUGCAGCAAUUCUCAAUGCCGCGGAAGCCGACCCAGCAGCGUCCGAGCUCUACGAGAGCCUGAACAUUCUCCAGCACCGCGGCCAGGACGCAGCUGGCAUUGUGACCUGCAAGAAGGGCAAGCUCUUCCAAUGCAAGGGCAACGGACUCGUCCGCGACAUCUUCUCCGAGAAGCGCAUGCUUGGCCUCAGUGGCAACAUGGGCGUCGCGCAUGUUCGCUACCCGACGGCCGGAUCGUCGUCCGUCAACGAGGCGCAGCCCUUCUAUGUCAACAGCCCCUACGGCAUUGCGCUUGCCCAUAACGGCAACCUGGUCAACACGAACGAGCUCAAGGACUUUCUCGACUCACACGCUCACCGUCACAUCAACACGAACUCGGACUCGGAGGUUUUGUUGAACAUUUUUGCCAGCGAGCUCCAGGCCAUUGACAAGUUCAGGAUUGACCACACUGAUAUUUUCGCCGCCACCUCCCAGCUCAUGAAGAAGUGCAGCGGUGGCUAUGCUGUCGUGCUCAUGAUCACCGGCUACGGCAUUGUUGCUUUCCGUGACGCACACGCCAUUCGACCGAUCGUGUACGGCAAGCGCGACAACGGCCGUGGCGGCAUUGAUCGCAUUGCCGCUUCGGAGUCUGUUGUGCUGGACGCAUUGGGCUUCACCACCGAGGCGAGCGUCGCGCCAGGCGAGGUGAUUAUCUUUACCAACAGCGGCCAGGUUCACCGACAGGUGUGCGUGGAGCAGGUCUCGUACUCUCCGUGCAUUUUCGAGUACGUGUACUUUGCUCGCCCGGACUCUAUCAUUGACGGCAUCUCCGUCUACAAGGCUCGCUUGGCGAUGGGCGAAUACCUCGCCAAGAAGAUUAAGCGCGACUACCCGGCUAUUGCUGAUCAAGUCGACGUUGUUAUUCCGGUUCCCGACACUAGCCGAGUCGCAGCUCUGCAACUCUCCGUGGAGCUCGGCAAGACCUACCGCGAGGGCUUCAUCAAGAACCGGUACAUUGGACGCACUUUCAUCAUGCCCGGCCAACAAAUGCGCGUCAAGUCUGUUCGACGAAAGCUCAACCCGAUGCCCAUGGAGUUUGCCGACAAGAACGUUCUGCUCGUUGAUGACUCGAUUGUUCGUGGUACCACUGCUCGAGAAAUCAUCAUGAUGGUUCGCGACUGCGGAGCAAAGAAGGUGUUCAUGGCCUCGUGCGCGCCAGCAAUUCGCUUCCCCAACGUGUAUGGCAUUGACAUGCCCUCGCCCGAUGAGCUUGUGGCGUACAAUAAGGAUGACGCCGGCGUCGCUCAAGCGAUUGGUGCUGAUGGUGUUAUUUAUCAAGACUUGCCCGAUCUCAUCCAGUCGUGCAGCAAGUUCAACCCUGCCAUCACGACGUACGAUACCUCCGUGUUUGACGGCAACUAUGUGACCAAGGAUGUGUCAAAAGCCUACCUGGACGACCUCGCUCAAAAGCGCGCUGAUUCUUCCAAGUCUUCCUCAUCCUCUGCCGCUCUUGAGGUGACCGAGAUGCUUGGCUUGCACAACGACACUGCCUCUGCCGUUGCAUCCAGCACUUAAAGCUGCAAGAGCUGAUCUUUCAUCCACUUUGACUUGUCGGUUCUCGCUCUUUCUCUCUUCUCUCUCGCUCUGUUUCUCUCGCUCCCUCUCUCCCUCUCUGCUGUCGGCCUCGAUGCUCAAUUCUUUUUUGCUUUUGCCACGGGGUGGCAAUUUGGUUGCUUGUGUGUUUGUGUGUAAUGAUUAAAAUUGACCUUAACCCUA